UCUUUUGCCUUUAGAGUGAGCGUGCCUGCCUUCCUUCCGUCGCGCUCUGGUGACAUCCUCGCCGUACACACACACUCGAUAGAUUUCCCCGCGCGCGGUGCCUACAUUUUGUGCGAGGCUCGGUGAUCUCUCUUGCCGCCAUCAUGUCCUCAGAUCCUGGCAGCUAUGGAAACUAUGGAGGUCAACCACAACAAAACUACUCUGGAUAUGGAAAUCAGGGAGGCCAAAAUGUAGGACAACCAGCUCAAGAUUACUCUAGUUAUGGGCAGACAGCGGAGCCAUCAUCCUAUGGACAGAGCUAUGGAGGUUACAGUUCUGGCUAUGGACAAAGUCAGUCAGGUUACGGACAGCCCUCUCAGUGGCAAGGUAGCUCUUCGUAUGAUGGCCAACAACCUUUUGCAGGCUAUGAACAACAAAGCAAAGACUCUUCUAGAGGAGGGUUAAGCAGCAAAACACCCUCCACUGAUACUCGAUCAGAUAGCAGUGGGCUGCCACUUCAGCAGCAAGAGCCCUGUGAUCCACCGGGAUUUGACCAGAAGGAACGACCGGGUUUUGGACAGCAGCCAGGCCCCUAUGAUCAGCAGGGAUAUGGCCAGAAGGAGCGAUUGGGUUACGGGCAGCACCAACAAGGGUCCUUUGAUCAACCAGGAUAUGUCCAGAAGGAAAGAUCAGGUCUAGGGCAGCAGCCAGGUUCCCUUGAACAGGGUUAUGGCCAGAAGGAGCGACCAGGAUAUGGACCGCAGCAGGGGUCCUAUGAUCAACAAGGAUAUGGCCAGAAGGAGCGAUCAAGUUAUGGGCAGCAGCAAGGAUCCUAUGAUCAGCCUGGCUAUGGGCAGCAACCGUCUCUCCACUCAAGAAAAGAAGAAUAUAGCCAUUCUCAAGAUGACAGUCGUCGGGACUCAAGCAGGUAUGGUGAUAAUAGCAGAGGUUACAGUGAGUCACAGAGUUUUGGAGGUGGCCGAAGUCGUGGGGGUUUUGACUCAGAUCGAAGGGGCAAUUCAGAGGGUCUGAGCGGUGGUGACCGAGGUGGCUUCAAAAAUUUUGGUGGUCCUAGAGACUCUGGGAGCAAGCCAGAUCAUGAUGGUGAAGACAACUCCGACAAUAACACCAUAUUUGUCCAGGGUUUAACUGAGGAUGCAACACCUGAGCAGGUGGCUGACUAUUUCAAACAGAUUGGUAUUAUAAAGACCAAUAAGAAGACCGGCAAACCAAUGAUAAACAUUUACACUGACAAAGAAACUGGCAAAUCCAAGGGAGAGGCCACAGUGUCAUUUGAUGACCCUCCUUCAGCCAAAGCAGCCAUUACUUGGUUUGAUGGAAAAGAUUUUCUUGGAAAAAAUAUUAAGGUCUCCUUUGCUACUCGGAGGCCUGAAUUCCUGAGAGGUGGUGCAUCUAGUGCAUCUGGUGGAAGACGGGGUGGUGGUUCUCGAGGUGGUGGAGGCUAUGGAGGGGGUCGUGGCUCUUUCAGAGGUGGUAGCGGAGCGCCACAAAACGGUGACUGGCUGUGCCCAAAUCCAUCAUGUGGAAAUGUCAACUUUGCUAGAAGAGACUCGUGUAAUCAGUGCAGUGAACCAAGACCAGAAGACUCCCGAGGCGGUGAUCGUGGAAGAGGUGGCUAUGGAGGAGAUAGAGGAUUCAGAGGACGUGGAAGAGGAGGCGAUAGAGGCGGGUAUGGCGGAAAGAUGGGAGGCCGAAAUGACUUUAGAGGUGACCAGCGUAAUCGGCCUUACUGAACUGAAUAUCAUCUCAUCGUGUCACCUCCUCCUUGUUUGCAAGUGACCCUAUAGGCUUAGGAUUGUGUCAGAGGAUUCUUACUUGAUUUUCUUUGUUUUGACUUUCCCUCCUCCCCAAAAUGUGAUAUAUAUUUUUUGUUUUGUUAUUAUAAUUUUUUUUUUUUUUAAUUAUAGCAAACCCUUUGCAGUUUAACGAAUUUACUGAUUUUUGUCCACAAUUUCUUCAAUUUGAUCUAAAUCAGAAUAUGAAAUAUUGCCAAAAUACAUGUUUUUGUAAUACAAUAAACACAACUUUGUUUUUA